AUGCCGUGUGGAAAACGCCUCGGAAAUAUCUGGCAGUCCCCUGGGAUAGCAGGAGCCAAGGGGGAGUUAAGCAGAACCCCAAAAGUCAUCACCCUGGAAUGCUUUGGUCUUCCAAACCCCGUGCGAGUGGACGUGCUGUACUGGGAGGAGGUGCACAGGGAUCUGACAAACCAGACAGCAGAGAGGUGCACCCUGCAGAGCCUGCGAGUCGCCGCCAGCGCAGACAGAAAACCUGCUCCUGGCCACACAUGCCUUCUGCUAACACACCACCGAGACAACCCUCAGAGAAAACUUAUCUUUAAUGAGAAAGUGUUUCAGGCAGGGACAUUGAAUUACGUUACAACAACAAAUCUGCCCAAGCUGGAAGUUUCUGGAGAGGGUUUGACCGUUCCACACGUGCACCAAGAAAAACAAACCUUAGAGGAGAGAAUUCCAUCCUCAAAUGACAAGGACAUGCUGAACAGACGAAAGAUAAGCAUUGUCAUUAAAGUGUUCAUCGCUUGCAUCCUGUUAGCCUUCACAAUACCCUACAUCACCUUCUGUAUUUGUGAAAUUCCCUGCCCGUGCUUGUGCUCUGCCAGGAUCAAGAGCUUAUGGAACAGCAGCAGGAGCUGGCUGUUGGCAGCCUGCAUCCUGGUGCAGGACAGGACAGCAAUGCUUUUGAACAAGCUUCUUAAGGACAAGGAACAGGAGGCGCUGGAAGCUCUUGUCUGACUCUCUCCAUCCCUUCCCCAGGUCAGUGUCAACCAGGUUUGACCAAGGGAUAGCGGGCCUCAACGCGAGCAAGUCUCCAAGUGAAGACUGGGUUAGGUAGUAAGGAGACAGACCUAUCCCUUCCCCUUCAAAAAAUUAAAUAUCCCUCAAUUAUUGAGGUGCCUUUUCAUGAAGAAAUGAUUUAAACUUGUGGUUCCUACCCCAUUAAGUGAACUUCUGAGGUUGAACAGUUAAAGCUCUACUCCCACCUCUCACUGCGACUUGGGAUCAAGUCACUUAACUUCAGCUUAUCCAGUUACUUGUCUGUCACCCAGCUCUAACUGCUGCCCUGUUAGUGGGAGCAGGGAGCUUAGCCCCGUCGACACGCCAGAAGCCCUCUGGAUAUUACACACACAGAACAAACCGCCUGAGAGCAUUUCAUUUGCAGAAAUUAUCAGUAAAUAAUUUCAAACAGCAAAUGAAAAUCACCUCAUUUGUUAAAACUUCUGAGGAGAAAAAGGCAGCAUAUGAGCACAUUACUCAUUACAAAUUAUCCACUUAGGUCUUUUUGGAGUGUAACCGUAGUGAGAAAUGUGCUGUAGUGAGAGGUUUGGAAAUUGAACUGAGACCCUUAAGAGCCAUUUCACACAAGCCAUUGACCAGCCGUCUGGUGGUGACACCUUUGGGCCUCUACUAAGCUGAAAACCACUUAGACAGACUUGAGACAAAAGACUUUUGCUCUCGUCGUUCCCUCUAGGACACAGGAAACGUGCUGGAAGUUCAGUUCAGUUCAGCCAGGAGGUGUCGCACCACUGAAUUACUGAUCUAAAAACACCAGCACUUACGCUGCCACGCGUGUGAGACCCCAGCAGUACGGCUCUUUAACAUUCCUCAUGAAUAUAUUUUCUUCCCUUGCCAGACAGAUGCAUAAUAGCAAGACCCUUAAAGGAAAAGAUCCAAAAAGUCAUUGUCAUCCAUGAAACCUACCCAUGAAAAGCCUCAGAGGAACACCCUUCUUACCUGCAAAGAUGCGUCACCUUUUCCUCACCACUUACUGGAAACAGCAGAAACCAACUUCUGAGAAGACACCCAUAUGCUGAUUCCUUCCAUUAACUACCCAGAUCAUUAUUUUAAUUCCCAGAUACAGGAAAAACCUGUUAGCAUAAGCAAUAAAUAUUCCAUUGAUAUUCCAAACUCUGCCUCUCCUAAAUUCUUAAAUUUUUUUCCCACAAUUUUUUCACAUGCAUUUUGGGGGUGGGAAAAAUGAAAUGGAAAUAAUUUCCAGUAAUUUUAGUCUCGCAGUUAAAUAGUUCAGACAAGGAGCAUACAUUCAGGAAACUCAUC